UUGAUUGUUUCAUCAUAUUCAUCCAUCGAAGUUAAGAGGUUCAUGCUUUUGUAGAUCGUUUGCGAAGCUUUUAUCUUUUUUUCGUUUCUGGGUUUUCGUGAAUGGGCACAAAUCCCAUCAGCUUUCACAUGUUGUGCUUGUAAUCUUGCAUCUCUUUCGCAACUUUGGUUCAACGUUUGCUUGGAUUCGAAGCACUGCUUAUAUUAUUAAUAUUUUUUCUCGCUGCUUUUAUCAAUAUAGUCAAAUAAUCAACGUGGUGAUGAUAAGGGUAUAUAGUUGUAUUGGGUAAUAUUAUUUUUGAUGAAGAAAAUUCAUUUAAAUACGAAGAAUAUGCUAAUCUUCAGGAAAGGCCCCUUUUCUUUUGGAAACAGUUGAUAUACUAUUAAUUUCUGAUUCCAAUAUAACAACAGCUGGUUUGAAUGAUCAUAUCACGUCUUUAAUGCUGAAGGAUCUGCAUUCAACUGAUUAGCUAUAAUAAGUGUGAAGCUAAAACUGUAUGAAUAUCGAGGAUGCCUUGAUUUUGGGACUUUGCUUAAUGUUGAUCCCUGAUCUACAUUUUGUUGACUCCUCUGGGUGAUGGCUGAAGUUAAAAAUGGAGAAGAAAAAGUUUCUACACCCAAGCUAAAUGAGAGGAUCCUUUCAUCCAUGUCAAAGAGAACUGUUGCUGCACAUCCUUGGCAUGACCUUGAGAUCGGACCUGGAGCACCCAGUGUCUUCAAUGUUGUGGUUGAAAUAACAAAGGGAAGCAAGGUCAAAUAUGAACUGGACAAGAAGACAGGCAUGAUUAAGGUUGAUCGGAUUCUAUACUCAUCAGUGGUCUAUCCUCAUAACUAUGGUUUCAUCCCUCGCACAUUGUGUGAAGACAAUGAUCCCUUGGAUGUUUUGGUUAUCAUGCAGGAGCCUGCUCUUCCUGGUUGCUUUCUGCGAGCCAGGGCCAUUGGACUCAUGCCCAUGAUUGACCAGGGAGAGAAAGAUGACAAAAUCAUUGCAGUUUGUGCUGAUGAUCCAGAGUACAAGCAUUACACUGACAUUAAAGAGUUGCCUCCUCAUCGCCUUACUGAGAUCCGUCGUUUCUUUGAAGAUUACAAGAAAAAUGAGAACAAAGAGGUUGCAGUUAAUGAGUUCAUGCCUGCAAACCAUGCUGUUGACGCCAUCCAGUAUUCCAUGGACCUUUAUGCUGAGUAUAUUCUGCAUUCUUUGAGGCAAUAGGCAACAUACACGGGCUAUGUUCCAAAAUUUUGCCGGUGGAUUUCAUUAUUCUGAAUAACUUAUCUAAUCAAUGAUCGUUUAAGAUUAUAUUCCAAAUUUCAAUUACUUCCUGUAACCUGGAUGAUAAAAGGUUUUUGUUUAUUUUUUUUCAAACAACGUUGUAAGAAGAGAUUAUUAUUUAUAUCAUAAUGGUAUUUUUCAAGUGAUCAA